AUGAAGGUGAAGCAACAGAAACCAGCAUCGACCAACAAACGUAGAAACACCGACGGCUCCCACGUCUUUUUGGCAGGCCUGAGUCACGAUGAAGAUGAUGAUGAUGAUGAUGAUGAUGAUGAUGAUGAAGAAGGGGAGACCAAGCGCGUGCGUGUCCAAAGGAUUUGUUUGGGCUGUGGGACCGCAGAGAAGGCGUCUGAGACCUUCUGCAGCUAG